AUGAAAGGAGCUAAAUUACGUGCUUACCCUGAUCAAAUAAUACCAAAUUCCUUUACUUACAAGAAUGCAAAAGGUGAAUUCGAGUUGAGUGGUUAUGUUGGUAAGUUUGUGAACAAUUUAGCACGCAAAAUUAAUGCUACGCCCGUAUUUCCACACAUCACUGAUAGUAGUACGGUAUUUUUUCGAGAAGUCAUGCUAGCAGUGGGAAAUGGAUCUUAUGAUAUUGGUGUGACGUUAUCGACACCUGAAAAUUUUAUCGAGCUGGGUUUGCACGCAUAUCCAUUUGAGAUUAUAAAAUGGUUGCCAAUGUUACCAUUAUUGAAGGAUCUGGAUACGAGUGAGGUGUUUUUCUACAUGAGCAGUACAGAAAUUAUUCUGUCGCUUUUUAUACUUUUUCUUAUUUACUCAAUUCUUUUGACAACUAAUGAAGUUUUUUACAAAUCUCUAAAAGAAUUUAAUAUCAUCAACUUUAUAUUCAACGAGAAAGGUAUAUGCGGUAUUUUGGGUACAAGCUUUAACAUGCACCAGAGACCAUUACUAAAUUUGCGUAUACUUUAUAUGAGUAUAUUCCUAACUGGUCUAGUAUUUAGCUCCAUGUAUGGCGCACAUUUGAACACAUUUUUCACACAACCAUUACCAGCAAAGCAAAUCAAAUCGUUUGACGACUUAUUAGAGAGUCCUGUUAAAAUUAUGAUGGCUGAGCAAGAAGUGCAUGUGUUUGACGUAAACCCAGGCGAGUAUUUUUGGCCAAAAUAUCACAAAGGUUUCAAAGUAGUUGCAACAUAUCAAGAAUUCAUUGCAACUAGGGACAGCUUAAAUACUAGCUAUGGUUAUCCAGUAAUAAGUGUAUAUUGGCCAAUGCUUAAAGAGCGACAGUCACUUUUUACCAAGAAAUUAUUUCACAUAGUUGAUUCUAUGUAUUUUGUGCCUUUCUCACUGUUUAGUGUACCGUUGCAGGAGAACUCGAUAUAUAAGGAAUAUGUUGAUGAAUAUAUAUCUAAAGUACAAGAUUCAGGUUUACUUCGGCAUUGGAUUGCAUCAACUUUUUUGGAUCUAGUGAAAUUGGGAAAAAUGUCAUACAAGGACCUGAGUAAACAACAUGAAGUCACUGCCCUCAAAAUUAAGGAUUUCAUUUGGCUAUGUGAGUGUAAAUAA